AUGAGAAAGAGAAACUCUUUCCAGUUCAUAUUUAAUGCAGACUUGAUCUGGGUUCACAAGUCAGUCAGCCUCUCCCCAUACCAAACCAGCCUGCCCCUCACCCAUUCUAAGCCAGCCUACCCCCAUGUCAGCAUGCCACUCCCCAUAGCAAGCAAGCAAGCCUACCCCUCCCCAUACCUAGCCAGCCUAUAUGUACCCCUCCCACAUGCCAAUAAAGGCUAUCCCUCUCCCAUGCCAACCAACCUCUUUCUCAUAUCAAGCCAGCCUAAACCGAUCCCCAUAACAAGCUGGCCUUCCCCUCCCCCAUACCAAGCCAGCCCAACCCUUUCCUAUACCAAGCCAGCCUACCUCUCCCCCAUAACAAGCCAGCCUGAACCUCCCAAUCCAAGCCAGCCUACCUUCCCACAUACCAAGCCAGCCUAUCCCUCCCCCGACCAAGCCAGCCUACCCCUCCCUCAUAUACCAAGCUAG